GUGUGUGUGUAUUGAAUGGCAUCUAUAAUAUGGGAUAAUAUAUAUGUGAAUGUAUUGAAUGAAUUCAAUAGUCGAUGAAUGUAUUGAAUGUAUGAAUGGAUUUGCCAUUACUUUUGUGACAAUAAUUUUUGUCUCAUUUUUUGUUUGUUGGUCUAAACCAUUAGGUUAUCAAAAACACUGCUAAAGACAGACACUAAGACACAAAUUAAAUGGUAGUUUAAAAAAGACAUCGAAGAAGAAGAAGAUAAUGAAGACAACGACGACGACAACGACGUGAUAUGUUUGAUACCAUUAUAAGUGACUACAACUACAUCAACAACAACAACAACAAUGUCUUAAGACUUGAGAUGUGUUGGCGAUAGUUGUGGUUAUUAUCAUCAAAGACAACAAACAAGUUAUGGUAUUAUUUGGUGAUCAGAGUCAGAGAUAAUUGUCACGCGUCUAGUGUUUAAAAUAAAAGAAGAUAUGAUUAGACAUCAGCAGCAGCUACUGGUGAUACUGGUGUUAACCAUAUUGACAAUCGGUUGUCGUCCAGCGGUGUUGUUGUUGUUGACCAAUACUGAUCCGGAUGUCUGUCCCAAACAGUGUUCGUGUUUGGGAGCACUGGUCGACUGUUCCAAACGACGACUGUCAUCGGUUCCCCAACCGAUACCCAAAUGGUGUGAACUACUGGAACUGUCGUACAAUCCCCUGAAUACGGUCGACAACAGGGCAUUCGGUGGACUUCGACAUCUGUUUCGAUUGGAUCUAAGCCAUACUCAACUGAAACAGUUGGACACAAAUUUGUUUAUCAACGGCGGAACCACUGCUGCCGCCGCCAAUGAAGUCGAUGCCAGCGACUUGCAGACAGCUAUACUUGACCUCAAACUUAAUAACAAUUUGUUUCAAAAGUUUCCCCAAUUGAACGGCUUGUAUCAACUCAAACAAUUGGUUAUCCAUCACAACAGUAUCGAUACGUUGGCCAACUCAUCGGUAGACUUAUAUCCGAGUCUCGAAACCAUUGAUUUGAGUCACAAUCUGUUGACAACAAUACCCAAUGAAUUUUUCAGCAAUCGUUCGCAUCGGUUAACUUCCGUCAACUUCAACAACAAUCGCUUAACUAGUAUCGAAAAGUUCUCGUUCGACCAUCUAAUUCAUCUGGAAGUACUGAAACUAUCGAAGAACAAGCUAUCGUCGCUACCAAAAGAACUGUUUCGUCGGCUGACAGCACUCAAAGAGCUUGACCUGAGCCGCAAUCGGUUGCAAUCGCUCGAGGGUCUAGUGUUUCACGGUUUAGACUCAUUGGAAACACUGCGACUCCGGAAGAAUCAGCUGACACAUCUGUUUGACGGUACCUUUUGGGGUCUGAAUAAGAUUCAAUAUCUUUAUUUGGAUCACAACAAUCUGACAUCCAUACGAAAAGGAUGGCUCUAUGGACUGUCAUCGCUGAAACAAUUGUUUCUCAAUAAUAACGAAAUCGAAGACAUCGAUGGCGAUGGCUGGGAAUUUUCCAAUAAACUAAUGGAAUUAGAUUUAUCAUACAAUCGGAUCCAUUCGAUAGCCAAAGAAAUGUUUAGUCGACUACAUUCGCUACAGUAUCUGACACUCAACUACAAUAGUAUAUCAUUUAUCGAUGAUUCGGCUUUUCGGUCGCUGUCAGCCCUGGAAACACUCGGUCUGAAUCACAAUCAGAUUUCGUGGACCAUCGAAGACUCGAGCGGUUCGUUCAUUGGUUUGGAAAAACUACGAAAUCUUGGACUGGCUUUUAAUUUCAUUAAAUCAAUUACCAAACGGACGUUUUCGGGACUAACUAAUCUGGAAAUCGUGGAUCUCAGUCACAAUCCGAUUGCAUCGAUUCAAGACCAGUCGUUUCAAUGGUUCCAGAAUCUGCAGGAAAUGCGUCUGAACACUACGGAUCUGGUAUGCGAUUGUACACUAAAAUGGCUGCCAAUUUGGUUAGCAAACAGUCAGAUAGCCAAACAACACCGGAUGACCGCUACGGAAGCCAAAUGUAAACAUCCCGAACGUCUCAUUAAUCAAUCGCUAAUCGAUGCCAAUUCCGAUGAGUUUAUAUGUCAAGACUAUCUGAAACCCUAUCUGAUCGACGAUUUCAAACAUAUGGGCGAUAAACCAUUGAAAGCACUGAAAGGCGAUAAUAUGACACUGACCUGUCGGGCGGCUUCGAGUAGUCCGCAACCCAUAGAGUUUCAGUGGCGUAAAGACAAUCAAAUAUUAAAUACAUCGAUGGAUAGCAACAACAACAACAUCAACAACAAUGUGUUUCUCCAGACAUUUGCCAAACAACGUGACGGCGGCGCCGGCAGUAGCGGUAAUAUUACCGAAUAUACCGGUAAUUUGUUGCUGACCGACAUCGAAGACCAGGACGAAGGCCGCUACCAGUGUAUAGCAUCGAAUAAUUUCGGUACUGUUUAUACGCACAAAAUUCGUAUCAAUGUUCAUGUCUGGCCAACGUUUACGAAAACACCGAACAACGUUACGGUCAAAGUGGGCAAUACGGCUCGGCUUGAGUGUGCCGCCCGUGGCCAACCGAUGCCGGAAAUAUCGUGGCAAAAGGACGGCGGCGAUAAUUUUCCCGCUGCUAUGGAACGCCGUAUGCAUGUUAUGCCAGCCGACGAUGUAUUCUUCAUAGUCGAAGUCAAAGUCCAGGAUAUGGGUCUCUAUACGUGUACGGCAACCAAUGAUGCCGGUUCUCAUACGGCCAGCGCCUACUUGAACGUACUCGAAAUGCCCACAUUUGUUCGUCCAAUGACCGACAAAGAGGCCAUCAUCGGCGAAACAGCUGUCAUCGAAUGUAUGGCUUCGGGUUCGCCGAAACCCGUGCUUCAGUGGACUAAAGACGGCGGUGCUAUCAUUGCCACUGAACGACAUUUUUUUACGGCCGACAAUCAACUGUUGAUUAUUGUUAAGACCCAAGAGUCGGACGAAGGCGAGUAUUCGUGUGAAAUGAGCAAUAUUUUAGGAUCAACUAAAGAGACAAUAUUUUUGGAUAUUAUUCCCGGCGGUUUGGCCAACGUUGCCGCCAACGAUAAUAUUGGCGGCAAAAUGGACGAUACGUUCACAUUGAAUACGUUUAUCAUCGAAAAUAGCCGACUGAUCGGUAUUAUAGUGAUUGCUGUGUUUACGUGUAUUGCAAUGACAUCAUUGAUUUGGGUGAUAAUCAUAUACCGGACCCGAAAACGACAUAAUAAUAGACAAUACUUGGAUACCAACUGCAGCAGCGAUGACGACGAUGAAGCUGUUGAUGAUGACGACGCUAACGAUACUAUUCGUCGAUUAUCGGCUAAACAUCGUAACAAAGAACUGAUGACAAGCAAUGUGUUUCUUCAGAUUACUACUACUACUACUACUACUGAAGACGAAGAUGAGACAACAUCGUUGAACAGCGAUUCGAGUGCCAAAGAUAGCGGAACCGGUGAUAGUGCCCGACAACACCAGAGCCAGGAGGCCAUCGAUGAGACAACAACAGCGACGACGAUGGUUACCGAUGACUAUAAGUUCGACAUGAGAGCCACCGCCGCUGUUGCUGUCGGUUCGCUAUCGCCGUUACACGCGUUCAAUACGAGCUACAGAUGUCCAACAAAAGCCGCCGCCGCCGCCACAACAGCUCUUCUACACAAAGGCUUAAGUAUGGAUCAAAUUAGUGCCAAACGUAAAGCUAAACUACGGACAGAUCCGCCGCCAUCAUCGCUCAACACAACAACAAUCAUCGCAACAAGUGGUGGUCGUCGACACAAAUGGACCGACAAUUGUCCAACAAUUAGGUCUUCGUAUUCGGCAAAUGAUAUGCUAAGUGUUGUGACAGAUGUCUAACUGGAAGAGACC